ACGUCACACUAGCCCCCCCCCUCUCCGCCUCACCGUCUAGUCCAGUGUCUAGAAGCCGAAAACAGAGCACCAUCGAGGGGUCUAACUGGCUGUCAACCGAGCUCCUACGGCAGUCAUGGCGGCGCCGUUAGCCCACUUCGAUGAGGACUGGCAGGAGUUUAACGAAUUCAAGUCGUCCUCGGCGUCGGCAGACCAGCUGGACCAGCUGAACUCAAAUGUGGGCGAUUCGUCGUCAGGCCUAGACGAUUUUUCAGACCUGGACAACAGUUUCUCCGGGGAGAUCUGCAGCUUCAAAUCCAUGGAGGACCUCGUCCAUGACUUCGACGAGAAGCUGACAGUGUGUUUCCGAAACUACAACACCACGACGGAAAACAUAGCCCCCGUUAAACCUAUCACAGAGGAUAAUUACUUGAAAGACGACGAGGUGUGGAACGCUCUGACAGAUAAUUAUGGCAACGUGAUGGCUGUGGACUGGAAGACAUCGCACACUCGCUCCCUACACCUGCCCACCCUCAACCUCACUGAGCUUCAGAAGAUGGAUAACCAGUCUCUGGACCUGUCAGACGACGAGGAGCUGAGGGAGCAGAUGGACAUGCACUCGAUCAUCGUCUCCUGCAUCAACGAUGAGCCGCUCUUCACGGCUGAGCAGGUGAUAGAGGAGAUAGAGGAGAUGAUGCAGGAGUCUCCAGACCCAGAGGAUGAUGAGAGUCCCUCACAGUCCGACCUGUCCAUGCUCUCUCAGGACCUCCACGCCCUGAAACGCUCCGGCUCCAACACCAGCUACGAGGACCGGCUGCGUCAGCUGUCUGUGUCUGAGCUAACCGAGACUCUGGAGGAAGUGGAGACGGCCAUUCGCCGCUUCAGCGAGGAGCUGAUCCAGGCUCUGGCCCUGCGAGACGAACUGGACUAUGAAAAGGAGGUGAAGAACAGCUUCAUCUCGCUGUUGAUCGACGUGCAGAACAGACAGAAGGAGCACCGUGAGCUGCUGCGGAAGAAGAAGAAAAUCAGAAGUACGACUACAACCGGGCCCAACGGCCAGAGGACAGCCAGCACGCACAUACCAGGCACGCUCCUCACUCUGGAGGGACUCUCCAAUGUCAUUCAAAAUGGCCUCCGUCAAACUUUUGGCAACACAGGAGGGGACAAACAGUACCUGACCACAGUAAUCCCUUACGAGAAGAAAGCUGGCUCCCCGUCGGUAGAAGACCUCCAGAUCCUCACAAAGAUCCUCCACGCCAUGAGGGAUGACAGCGAGAAGGUGCCUGCGCUGCUAACAGACUACAUUCUCAAAGUUCUUUGUCCCACGUAAAGCCAAAGGCGAGCCUCCUGUUUCCAGAACCAUUCGUUGGGCCAUCAGAAGAAGGUUCUGGUAACCUGGAAGAACCCAGAUAAUGGAUUAAAAAUCCAAAUCUUCCUUCUUUCCUAUUUUUCAACACAGACUUUCUUUCCUCGUGGCAUUUUUUUUUUUAACUCUGCCACUGUUGUUGCUCUUAAGAUUUUAUCUCUAGAUAUAACUCCUCAGUCGGUAUGGAUCUUUUCAUUUCUAAUGUUUUAACUUGUUAACGCCUGAGUGCUACAACCCUGUAUAUCCUGACUGCAUGAUGACUUGUCUAUGGAUGCCAGUAAUCAGUAUUAGUCUCCCUCCCUUUCUGAUUAGUGGCACUUGAAUGGAGAAGGGUCGGGUGUAUUUUAAUUCCACGGGCUUCAUCAGCAGGCCUGUGUGAGGGAGAUGCAGUCCAAUCUGUCUGUUUUGUGAAUCAAACGCAUUUGCAUCCGUGUAGUUCAUGCCUGACGGGGAAAACAAAUGCUGGCAGAAUCUCUGAAUCUCAAAGUGCCAGGCUGGCCGUGGUAUCGAGCAUAAAUCCUGUUUUUCCUGUAUGGAAACCUUUGCUUCAAUGGCAUUUGUUGAUUGUUUACAUAUAAUAUUGUUUUGGGGUUGAAAACUCCUGCUUGCUAAGGAUCAAAGUGCAAACCCUUUAAUUUCAAAAUCCAAACCGUAGGCCCACCUGUCUUUGCAUGUUGGUUUUGGGUUUAUGCUCAAUAUUUGCUGUUAGUUGAAUGUUAAAAUGAAAUAUUUUGUAUACGAUUAAGAGAAAUUGCACAGUUUUGAGAACUUUUUACUUUUUGAAAAAGGGAAAAAAGUGAAAUGAUGUGAGAAAGUAAUAGCUGGAUGAACAAACAUGUAAACAUAUUUUUGGAGAAGGGUUGUUUUUAGUGAGAUUAGGGACUUGCCAGUUUUGUGACCACAUUGCAACAUCAUUUUGUAAAUGCUGUCCAUUGACCUCUGAGCCCUCGAGUAGUGACCGCCACCCCCAACAACUUUAUCAUUUCCCCAGGAGUCAAUACAUGAGUCUACAAAUACCUCGUAUAACUUUUUUGCAUCAGUAGAAAAUGACUGAACUGGUCAUAUCGUCAGAGAAAUAGUGUAGUAAGGAUUAUGUUAGGUUUGAUAAUUGUGUAGUUAAGCUUCUGUUAUAAGUUGUGGGUUUUCUCUCUCUGUUAACCCUUUAACUGUCAUGUAAAUUUUGUGGUAGCACUUUAGUCUGUCAGUGAUCUGGUCAUGUAGUAGUGGAAUAUCUGGUGGAUGUACUUACGAGUACGUUUCACUAGAUUAGUGUAGUAAAGCUUAGAAGCUUAAGCUAGUGGUGCCAAAAGCACGUCAACAUGAAGAAUUGUUGUCAUGCAUCGUGUUCCAUCUAUUUACCUUAUUGGUCGUCAUGAGCAUGAAAAUUUAAACAAUCUUAAAGGGGUACACAUUACAAACCAUUUACACAUCAAAAGAAGUACUGCUUCUUUUGAUGUGUCAAUGGUUGUGUAAUGUCUUCUGCAGAUCUGGAGCAGCUUUGUCAAAGUUGAGAAAAUAACCCUGAUGAUGUCUUUGUGAUGUCAUCUCGGCUUGGGCUUGAGACUACAUAUUUAUGACAGAAAGCAUGUGUUCAAAUUCUUGGCAUGGAGUUUGAAAUAUGCAGGUGUUUACCAGGCAGUGGUUAGGGUCAAGUUGCAUUAUGGGAGGUGAAGGAGCUUGGAUUUUUGGAGCUUGCCCCACACCAGAGACUAAAAAUCAUUGUAUCUCAGCCUCUGACUCAUCGAUUUUGACCGCUCUUUUUUUAAUGUGUCUCUUGCAAGUCUCCCAACUUUAUGGGAGCGUACUAAAUCAUUGGAGCACCCCUUUAAAACCACGUACCUUUAAUCUAGUCCAUCUAUCAAUCUAAUCUUGGUACACUAACGUUCAGAUCACCAGCUACUACAGGUGCACCACACACUGUCGGAUCAGGUCUAGUCUAGCUCUCAGGUACAAUCAUCGGUGUUAGUAGUUUAAAAUCUUUUUCCGAAAGGUACUGACAUUCCUGAGUCUUUGUAUGCUUCUGGCAAAAUUUGUAUCAGCUAGACUUCAACUUACUGCACUUUUAUCUUUUCACAAAUUUCUCUAAAAUACCUGGACGAGAAGGUGAAGGUAACCAUGGUAGCCUCUUGACUAAAUCAGGGUAGCAUUACAGAUGUUGAAUAUGUCAUGAUUUGUCCUAGACACUGCUAAUUGUAGUAGGUGUAGCUAGCAUAUAAACGGUACAGGCAAAGACCUCUGUAGAGGCUGCAGUAGCGUCCGCUUGGUGUAGCAGUCUAGCGACGAGUGUAGACGCAGUUGUAACCUUGCGGCAAACUUCAGUGGUUAAUAUGUAGGAGAAGAUGAGACUCUCUUGAAAAAGGAAUUAAAUUUUACUUGUUACAUUUUUUUAAGCAUGUCUCUCAUGCAUGUGGCCAGAAGAAAGGGCAUAGGAAGAUAAAAAAGGGUGUGAUAAAGUUCACAGAUGUUGGGGAUGAUUGCACAACGGGUUGCUUAAAUUUGAGGGGUCCAUUUAUUCUUUUGUAAAGGAAGAAAAAAGCUUGUAGUGCUAUAUUUAACUUUUUAUAUGGACUUGUUGUUUCUGCUGUUCCCAGCUUUUGAAAACAUUCACAACCUAGCAUGUGCUACGUGCACUUUACUGCUGCAAACACAUUUCUAACAAUGAUUGAUUUGUUUGUUUACGGACAUAUUAAUAUCACACUAAAGGGACAAGUGCAUGUUGCAGUGGAAUGCAGAAAAAACAUAAAGCAAAUAUGCAUUUCAUUUAAACUGUUAAAAAGAUAUCAAAAAGGCAAACAUCAGAAGGCUUGUGGCAGGGAAACACAUGAACCAUCACAAGAAACCAUCCAUCAAUUGAUCAAAAUCUUAGAAAAGCUUAAAUGAAAAUGGUCAUGACACCAACUGUGUAAAUGGUAUCUUUUGUUUUAUAAUGAAAUGGCAGUCAGCAGGAUUACUGGAGGAUCUUGCCUCAAGCCAGAGCCCCUCGUCUAGUCUCUUGUUAGCAGACAUAUCAGUGUAACUACAAUUUAGAGAUUUAUAUUUAUAUAUGUACAACAAAACAAGCAACAGGAAAAGAGGCUGCCUUUGUAAAUGCCUGAGAAUUUUUGUACAUUAAACCAACUCCUUUUGUUUUUAAUGCAAUAUAAUUCCCAAGUUUGGGGUUUUAUGUUUACUGUCUCAUGUGGUACUGCAGUACAGUAUAUUAAUUUAUUAUGUAAAUGUUUGUUUUGUAACCAUAUUAUUGACGGUAAAGGUACAAGUGUUUUGUGCCCACAUUGCAUUGCAACUCAUUUCAAAUAAAUUAAUAUGUGAAGACUUUU